AAAUUCUGAAUUUUCAUGAAUAUGAACCAUUAAAAGCAAGUGGCUAUCCCAAGUUUUCGCGAAAAUUAUCGACUAUAUAAACCAAUCCUCACAGCAUAAUCAAAAACAGAAUAAAAGUGGUUUGUGCUUCUUUGCCUUCAAAUAAAAGGCCCCUUUUAAUAAAUUUGAGUGUGUUUCGGUCUGGUCCGGUUGAACCCAUAUCCGCUAUUGGGAUUCGACCCCAGACCGUCAACAUUCAAAAAUAAAUAAAUAAAUAAAAAAUAUAUAGAGCAAAAAAGAAAAAUGAUUCACAAGAUGGGUUUAUUGUUCUUGUUGAUCGCUUUUGCUUCUGCUCUUCCAAGCAUUAGUGCUAAUUUUGCGGAUUUCGACGAUUAUUGGCUCAAGCGUAGCGUACAGGCUUGGAACAACACACUCCAAUCCUACGAGUCUCAUCCUGCUAAAAUCGUCAGCCAUUUGAAUCUGCAUUCCAAGAGGGCCUUAAAGGAAAUAAAAGACAUAAAUUUGGUUAGCAACAGUAGCCGUAGGCAGCUGGCCCACGGGUACGAAGGACCGUGCAUGGCAACAAACCCUAUCGACCGGUGCUGGAGAUGCCAAGCCAACUGGGCCGACAACCGGUUCAGGCUGGCCGACUGCGGCUUGGGGUUCGGAUACAAGGCCAAGGGCGGCAAGGGAGGCCGUAUCUACGUGGUCAACGACUCCUCCGACGGAGACAUGGUCAACCCAAAGCCAGGAACACUCCGCCACGCCGUCAUCCAAACGGAGCCGCUGUGGAUCAUCUUCUCCCGGAGCAUGGUCAUCCGCCUCUCUCAGGAGCUCAUCAUGCAGAGCGACAAGACGAUCGACGGCCGCGGGGUCCGGGUCCACAUCACCGGCGGCGCCGGGAUCACCAUCCAGUUCGUGAAGAACAUCAUCAUCCACGGGAUCUUGAUCCACGACAUCGUCCCCGGGAACGGCGGACUGAUCAGGGACUCCGUCGACCACUACGGGCUCCGAACGAGGAGCGACGGGGACGGGAUCUCGAUCUACGGUGCGCAGGACAUCUGGAUCGACCACGUGUCGAUGACAAAGUGCAGCGACGGGCUGAUCGACGCGAUCAUGGGGUCGACUGGGAUCACGAUAUCGAACGGGCACUUCACCGACCACAACGAGGCCAUGCUCUUCGGGGCGAGCGACAGCCACACGCAGGACGUUAAGAUGCAGAUCACGGUGGCGUUCAACCACUUCGGGAAACGGAUGGUGCAGAGGAUGCCACGUUGCAGGUUCGGCUACAUCCACGUGGUCAACAACGACUACACCCACUGGAACAUGUACGCCAUUGGUGGCAGCAAGAACCCCAUCAUUAUCAGCCAGGGCAACAGAUUCAUUGCUCCCCCAGACAACCCUUUUGCCAAGGAGGUGACAAAGAGGGAAUAUUCGCCAGAAUCAGUGUGGAGCCAGUGGAUAUGGAGAUCGGAGGGAGAUAUUUUCUUGAGAGGAGCAUUCUUUGUACAGUCGGGAGAUGCAACGUAUACGAGUAAGCACCCGGAGAAGUAUGACUUGAUCCAGGCGGCGUCGGCCACUCAGGUGGGGAUAAUGACCAAAUUUGCCGGUGCAUUGGGUUGCAAAGUAGGACAACCAUGUUAGAAAAAAUACCC